CCAUUGCAGGUGAGGUUCAAGAUCCUUCGGCCGAGAGGGAACAGCAGGCACCCACUUCCGCUCCUACUUCCUCUAGUACGAAACUCCUUUGUGCAGUGUCAAUAACGAACUUUAGAAUUAUUUUAUACUCUUUCCAAUUCCUUUAGAAUUCGAGUUAUAACCGUUGCGAAUAGAAGAAAUAUCUUGUUGAAAUGAAACAUAUCAAAUUGUGUCAAAUCGCCUGGUAUAAAGAAAAUGAAAUGUUUGAUGAAUAAGAAGAGCGCAAGGAUCGGGACGCAGUGACCGUUGCGGCAGGUGUGGAUCCUCGUUCGAGACGUUACACUUGGCAGACGCUGUUCGACCGUCAACAAAACAAUACUUUGAAAUAUCCUCUGGGGUCAGGAUGUGACUCACAGCGACCUCUGUCAUCUUGCUCAUCGUAUUUCUGACACCGAGAUUCAACAAGGCAAGAUGAGGAUGCCUCCAGUGCUCUUGGCCCUCCAAGAGAGUGUAAAUGAAGCAGAAAUUGACCAAGGUAAUGAAAUGGCAGUAGAAACAAAUAUCGGCCAGCAACCUCACAAUCCAGAGCCUGAGGGACUUCCUCCCAUUAUCUUGGGCAAGCAAGGAGACCAAGCAGUGUCAGUCAAUGGAAGUGUGGACAACAGUAUAGAAGUAAGAAUUCUGGAUUCCAAUACUGAAGCCUUUGUACCAGUGACAGAAGAUAGUACAGGUACAGAUUUUGACAGCGAGAUAGUUUCCACAUUACCAACUGCUUUGGCAGAAACCACAAGACAAACUGCAUAUAAUGAAGUUUAUUCUCUAUCCAGUUUAGAUAAUGAUAUGAUGAGGGAAAGUUCUGGGAAUUUCAAUGAAGUAGAAACUCAGGAAUUUCAAACUACAGAGUAUGCAGAGCUCGAAACCAGUACACCACCUAUCAGCAUAGAUUUCACAAUGGCUGCCUUGUCAGACAGUGAAAUAGUAACUGAUGAUUUUGAUGAUGAUUCAGAAAGGCUAACUAGAACUUAUCUUGUCCUGGAGGAUACAGAGGUUUAUGAAAGUAAUACUGUAACUGAUUCAAGUGAUGGUGAUCAUACCAGUAAUACCAGAACUGAUAUAUUCACUGUCACUGACACCCCAGUACCAUCUACCACCAUAUUAUUGGAGAUUCCAAAGACGGAAGUUCCCAUGAAUGAGUGGAUGGUGGAUGGUGUAGUAAGUAAAGAUAUUCUUCUCGAAGCUUCCCCAACUGCAGGCAUUGGAGAGGUAACUGAUGUUCCUUUGAUUGACCCUUUUAAACUUGACUUUAAAAUUGUGACAACAAGAAAGGGAUUGCAAGUAGAUGCCCAUGAUACUACAUUUGACCCUAGUCAAAUUGCCAAAGCAACAAGCUAUGAAGGUUCUUCAUACUCCACAGCAACUAGAAGUGCAACAGUAACCACUUGGGUGGAUCCUGAUGGCAGGAAUGUUCUCACUCAGAGGCAGUCAAAUUCAACAAAUAUCAAGACCUCAGAUGAAAUAACACAUUUAAAAAAUCCUGAAAAGGGCAAAUGAAGAUCUUAUAAUACCUAGUCAUGCACUUUCAGAGAAUUCAGGAG